UUUUUUUUCCACUUCACUCUCCUUUUUUAAAUUUUUUACGGCACCAAGAGAAAAAGCGGAAUAGACAAGAAACAGAAGCAAUAAAAAUGCCACCAACCACUAUGAACAAGAUCAUGCUGGCGCUUCCGCCACCUAUGCUUCAAUAUGCAGCCAACAUGAUUUCGUUUUAUUUCCAGCAUGUCCGCCCACGUCAGGCCAUGGUUAGCAAACACCUUCGUCGGUUCAUUCUAUUGAUCUUCCUACUCAACUUCAAGUCCUUGCCGGGAGUCUUCCAUGCUAAAAUGGGUCUUCGUAUCGCUGCCGUCCAGCUUUAUUCCCUGAGCCAUCGCAAGCCCUUCAGAAUCAGCCCUACAGAUACCUCAAUUGUCCGUGAACGAGUUUGGGUCGAUGACUUGGACCUUAACUUUCACUUCUCAAACAGCUCAUACAACAAAAACUGUGAUUAUGCACGAGUCAAGUACGUGACCUCGUUGUUCGGACCUAGCGUGUUGCCCAUGCAUCCACUCCGCAAGAUCGCGUUCGCCUUGGGAGGAACCCAAUUCUGGUUCAAGAAGGAGAUCGCACUCUUCCAGUCGUUCGAGAUCCGAACUCGAUUGUUGGCCUGGAAUCAGAAAUGGUUUGUGAUUGAACACAGGAUGUAUACCCCUUCAAAGAGCUCGGGAUCGGGAGAUAAACAACAUCACCAGCUGUGCGCAGUCGGCAUCUCGAAGUUUGUACUGAAGUAUGCAGGAGGGUCAUGGAAGAACAAGACGAUCCCAUUCUUGGAAGCGUUGGAGAUGGUGGGUCAUGAUGUAUCAGCAUUGAAGGUCUUGGAGGCCAAGUCCACUGGAGGAAAUGUGGUAUUGUGGCCCAAGGAUCAAAUCGAGUUCAAAUCGUUUGAUGGUUGGACCGAUCGUGGUGCUGCUGUCGGAAAUGCCCUUGAGUUGUGCGAGCACAUGCUUACACAUCCAUGA